GGCCGCCAUUUUGGAAGUUGGGUGAUGACAGUUGUUGAUAAUUCAAUUUUCAUUAUUGUUUAUCAUUCGAUAUUCGGCUUAUGUUAUUAAUAUUACACUUGAUGUAAUUAUUAUUUUCGGUUAAGUACAUUUAAAUUUUUAUAAGUUUUAUACGUUUUCAGCGCUUUUACUACAAACUGUCUCAUCACAAUGGAUCAAAGGCGUAAAAUAGCCCGCAGUGAUGAUCGUGAAGAUGUACCAAUAUAUUCACGUCUCUUUAUAGUUUGCGAUCGCAACUUGACUGAAGAACAUUUCAGGGAUGAGUUUUCUGUAUUUGGUUCUAUAGAAGACAUCCGUAUACCUUCUGAUCAUAAUACCGGCAAACCUAGAGGAGUUGUUUUCAUAAAGUUUUCGAAAACUUCCGAAGCUGCUAGAGCUUUGGAAGCAAUGGGUUCCAAGGUUAUGAAGAAUUCUAGUCGCCCUCUUAAGGUACUAGUGGCAGCAAACAGGUCAGAUAUUCAGUCGGACAAUGAUUAUAACAACGACAAAUACAGGAGGUUAUUUUUACAUGUUCCAAAAGUUAUGGAUGAGGAUGAGCUUGCAGAUAUUUUUAAAAAGUACGGCCACAUUGAAGAUGUGCUCAUACAGAGAGAUAGAAACACAAAUGAGUCUAAGGGGUUUGCUUACAUCAAGUAUAGAAAGUUUUCAGAAGCUGCUUUUGCUUAUGAAGAAUGUGAAAGAAAAUUUAGAGCCAUCUUUGCUCAACCUAAAGGUGCCAAUAGACGUCCAGAAACAACCUUCGAGACUAAUAUAAACAGUCUAGCCUCAUCAUCAACCAAUCACAAUGCUUCACUCAUUUCCAUGAUGAAUGUAUGCCCUAGAGGUUACACAAAAGUCAAUUUCAUGUGUAGUCCAUACCUAACACAGAUGCAUAUAGAAACAUUAUUUAACAUCGUACCUGGACUAGUUGACUGCCACUACUUUGUAGAUUUGAUAAAAAAUUUUGGCAAAGGGUCAGCACAGUACUCAAACCCCAUGUCAGCAGCAUAUGCUGUUGACAGGUUGCAUGAAUUUGAAUACCCACCAGGCCAAAGGAUUUUUGUUAAACCAGCAAACACACAGUUCAAUGCUCACGAAAAGAAUUUCACUGACAUACCAAAUGCUGUCAGUAACUUAAAGAAUGCUAUACAAUCAAGUAACAAAGGUUCUUCACCAGACCUUGCCCAAUUGGCCUCUGCAAUUGCUGAGGCCUCAAAGUUGAUUAAGAUGGCUACAACUGGAGUUUCCAGUGAUAAUAUCCCAGACAGCAAUGACUUGAACUAUUGCAGUGUCAAACUGCCACCACCACAACCAUUGGCUGACAUUGAUAGUCCAGUAGCUAAAAGAUGCUUCCUGGUUUGCAAACCUCAGCCACCCCCUCUCACUGUAUUGAGAGACAUCUUUUGCCGUUUUGGGAACCUCAUCAAUGUUUACACACUACCUAACAAAAUAGUAGGUUACGCACGCUAUGCUACUGAAGCAUCUGCAGAUGAGGCUAUCCGUGUUUUACACGGUGCAGAAAUAUGUGGUGUCCGCAUGAAGGUAUUAGAAGCAGAGGCCGAAGCCCCUUCAAAGAGAAUGCGGUAUGAAUGACGUGGGACAGACAGCACAAAUUCUCUUUUGGACUUUAACAUAGACCUACAGACAUUUUUUGUGACCUUUCAAUGUAGAUAACAAUAAAUAUUUUACCUACUAA